GAAAUUCAGAGAGCCCAAAACCACAUAAUGAUUGAUUCUUUCCCUGAAUUAAACGGGAAAUCAAACGGUUCUUAUACACAUUUUCAAUAAGAACAGUUCGAGUUUUAAGUAUUUUUUGCUCAAUAUUAACUAGUCAAAUUUUCCACAGUAGACUGCUUUAUUAUGUAACAUAGGGGUGUUCUGCUGCAAAUCCACCUUCAAUUAUUAGUCUUUUUCUGCUGUGAAUGAUACUCUAAAUUACACGCUUUAUGAACUCUAGUAGGGACUAGGGACUGAUUAGAUUUGCAAUUUUUAACCUUUUUCGUCCAGUUUUUCAACUUUAAAUAGGCAGGUUGUCUGAAUAUGUGUUGUUGUGCUGUGUUGAAUAUUUUUCAGUGGCCUUUUGUCGAGAAGCGACGCUUGGGCGUUGUCCUUCCUCGAGGGAGCUGUAUGGCUGGCUGCCCCUUACAUUCACUGUUGGUACGUCUGGCAUCUGGAGUGUUGCCAACCUUCUGGGGCGAAUGAGUCUGGUAACGAAUCCGCUACAACGGUAACUCAACAUUUUCAAAGAUAGCAACGUUAAAAUUGAGUUAUUUUGGUUUCCUCUACCCACAUGAAUGUGUCAAUUUUGGCUGUAAUGGAGAGAACUGAGAUAAAAUGAAAACCUAAUGCCGGAUCAAGCGAAACAAAAAACUCAUUAGUUCUCAGUUUAUCUUAAAUUUAACUAAGAAAAAAAUGGAAGAUACUGUUAGUGAAGAGUUGAGGAAGGUGCUGUCCGAUGUCGGAAUUACUUUAACUUCAAAUCCCGAAGAUCCACUCAUUUUACAUCAGGAACAGGCACUGGUCGUGAGAGAAUUAAGCAGAUAUGUCCAGUCCAAUGUGAACAAGGAAUUCCUAAAGAACUUGCAGGCUUUCUGCCGAAGUGAAACGCAUUUCAGGAAGUUUCUGUCUCCUACCAAGUUUCAAAAGGCUGCUGAUAGCGAUACUGGCUUCUACCAGGAUAGUCUAUUUAGUAUCUUCCUCAAAGUUCCUGAUCUUCAAGAUGAUGUCAUAGAGCUGCUUUUGGAGAGUAUAACUUCCAUUGCCACCAAAACCACGGAGGACACGUCGUGGCUAAGGACAUUGCUCAAGCCGUUAAGAUGCAUUCCAACAUUGAACAAUGGCAGCGCCUUGGCGGAAAAGCUGCUUGAUAUCCUGGAAAUAUCCACAUUCGCCUGCCAGCUGGAAAUUCUGGAGGCCAUCCCGGAAAUAAUCCCAGAUUCCCAGUGUGAUUUGGCUGCCAAACAACUCACAGUACUUCUGAAGGAAAACGAAGAGCUUUGUGGGGCCAUUGUGGACUGCUUGACCGCCCUAAAUCUGGAAACUGAUGUGAAGGCGGAAUUGUAUGAUAGAAUUUUAGCGCGAAUUCUGGUAGGGGUUUCAUUUAAGGCUUAUCAUAUUCUCAUUAAGUUUGUAUUAAGUGACUUCAAGUCGCAAAAUUUGCCCACUUUGAUAAAAAUUCGAAACUCCUUGGACAACUUGAUGGGCGGCAGUUUCAAGGAGAACGGGUCUGAUAAAACCGUGAUAUUUUAUUGCCUGCAAAAUGCAGCGUUAACUCAAAAGCUCGUAGCCGAGGGCUGGCUUAAUACUAUUUCGAGUUUCAAGCUUCAUUCUGAUCACAAGCCCAUAGAUUUUCUAAUUAUGUUCAUGUUGCAUAAAACCUGCGAAAUGCGGAAAAGGAUCAUAGAAGCGAUAUUUCGAAAGCGAGUCAGUUUGGGACUAUUCAAAGAAGCAUUAUUGCAAAGGACAUUUGAUAAGUACCUCACCCAGCAGCUCCUGAAAGAUUACAUAAGGAACAUCAUGCAAAUUGGAUGUUGUCUACUCCGAUUUGCUAAGGACGAGGUCGUUGCUAAAUUCGCCAUCUGUUUGUUUGAGAGCCUUUUCAAGCAUCAGUAUACGUCGGCAGUUUACCGCGGCGAAAUUCUAUCAAAUCUAAUUUCAUUAACUGGCUCUAAUGAUCACCACACCGUCAGUUGUGUGCUACAGCUAGUUCUUUCCCUGGUCAGAAAUGAGCACCAAAAAAUGCAAACUCACAUUGUUUUGCUAAUGCUGCUGCUUGAGAAGCUGGACACAUUGGAUUUGAAAGAUGUAAAGAUUGUUUUCAAUAUUUUAUGCUCGUUGCUUUGUGGAGAAAAGGCUGAAGAGUCGUUUUCGGGCUUUAAGGAUCAGCUGUAUAAUAUAAUACGCAAACAACUGUCCUGCUCACAAAAGACUGUUAAGCACAAGGGCAUAAUUAGUGCUAUUGUCAUGGUUAAACAUACAGCAUCGGUGGAAUCUGAGCAAAUCUCCGAAGAAGCUUUGGAAAAGUCUGAAUUGAUGAGGAAACUAGCUCCAGGUCCUGCCAAGGAAGCUGCCGAUUUAUUGGAGUUAGUUAGCUGUGCUUGUGAACACAACCCUGGCUUGAUGUGUUUGUAUUAUGACCAACUAGCUUCUAUUCUUGCCAGUGAGCUAGUUUUGAAUAAGCACUUUCUCUACUGGUUGUAUAAGAAAGUUGAAGAUGAUUUCCAGGCCACGUUCCUUACGGAAGCCACCCCGGAAGGUACUGAUGAUGUGCAUUUUUCCAUGCAGUACAUGCUUAAUAGACCAGAAGAAACCGAUACAGUAUUUUCCAUUAACAUAGCUGGCGACAUAUUUUGUGAGAAAACUGACAAUAUCCUGUUACUGGCCUCUAAUUUUCGCGUUUUAAGGCUACUCCAUUUCAGGCAGCAUUCAAAUCUGUCAGAAAUAGAUUCCUUAUUAGGCUGUGGCGUUAUUUUGCCCGAUGUAGAUGCACCUGAUGAAUUAGAGCCGAACCAAAUCGCGCAAGUGAUAGAUUCUCUAUUUCACUGCGUAAAUUGGUUCAGGGAAGUGAUCAACGCCUUUGUUACUCAGAAAGAUGCACUAAUUCAAGAGCGGGUAGUUAAAAGACUGGAUGAUCUUCUUGAAGUGGAGAGGAAACUGCAGGUGUUUUUGAAGCAAAUGCCUGGGCAUAAUUUGCCGUUGAGUUACUUGCAUUCCAUGCAAACUGGGGCUAAACCAUCGGCAGUAGCCGAGCCAAAGCCUGUAAAGCCGCCAAGGAAAAAAAUUAAGUCUGCACCUGUAGUUACUAAUGAAACUUGCAAUAUCACUGUGAAUACUCAACAGUCCAUCAAGUCGGUGGCUACUGGAGGCUCCAGCAGAUCAUCUGUCAGCCCACAGUUCAGAGAAAUGGAUACUGAUUUGAUAUGUUUAAUUAAGUAUCCCUUAAAGUUCGAUGAGGAUGAAUUGUCAGGCAUUCAUUUGAAUAUUUGCCAACUUAAGUUUAUUUUUGCGGAUUUUAUUUCCAAGCUUUUGCUAGUAACGCGACACAAAAACAUGGGACUUUCUCACUUGAAUGAUGUUAGUCCAGAACAUCUUAUGAGAGACUGUGUGCGGAUCGUCCGAAAUAUUAACAAGUUUCUAGAUAUAAUUGUGAAGAAAAUAGACCAGCUGCUGGAAGAAGGAACCGAAUCGUAUUGCACGGAUGAGGCAAGCGAUGUUAAAACAUGCCUAGGAGAUAUUUUUGAAAUCUAUUACUUGAUAUUUCAGUGGCAGGGUUUCCAGCACUCUGGCAAUGCGGAUUUACUGAAAAGCAUCCUUAAAUCGGCCAAAAAUAUGAAUAGUCAAACGAUGAUAUCCAUUAACAAGUUGGUGCUGGAUUUUGCCAUAAAAAUGAAUAAGUUUGAGAAACAUUGUUUGCAUUUAAGUCACGCCACUAGUCUUAUCAGGUCAAUUGAAGCCGCCCAUUCCCUUACUGCGCCUACUUUGGAAAUUAAGAAAAUCUUGUCUUCUUUGGCCCAAACAUUCCUCAGUAGGAGAUGGUAUGAUCAUAUUGGCAAGCUGGAUCAAGGCCAAGCCUGUAAUCAGCACAUGGAUAUCCUUAUUAAGGCCUACUUGAAGGAUAUUAGCACAGAAGCAGUUACUGAAAUAGUGGAUUCGCUGCUGCAAGACAUAGAAUCGCUUGAACCGAAAGACGGAUGUUUACCCAAAUUGCCAGCAAUUGACCGCAAAAAUUUUCACGUAUUCUAUUUGGAGUUAUGCAACAGAUUGUUAGAUGCGACAAAAAUCGAAAUUCAAUCCUUGUCCAAUGCGGGCCAUUUAACUUUGUGGCGAAACGUCGCCACUGCCAUGGUCAAUCUAAUGGAAGUCGCCAAAAUCGUUCAAAAUCGCACAAUGGCGUGUUUUAUGAAGAAAGCCAAUGGAAUUUUGAAGGUAUUCCUAAACCAAGGCAUCCCCAUGAUGGAGAUCAUGAUGAAAAUGCACACUGAUGAAGUUUACAACAUUUUAAAAACGAUUCAAGCAACCACAAGGUUUCUGCAUCAUCUCUGUUGUACGUCGAAAGUUACUCGGGAUGCCAGCGUUGUAGCGCACAUACCAUCAUUCAAGCUUACAAUAGAAUCUAUAAUAUAUCGCGUGAAAGCAGCUUUGGUAGCAAAUAAUUGCUCCUCGGCUUUUUGGAUGGGCAAUUUGCGCAAUAAAGGCAUUGAUGGCCAAGACAUUAUGAGCCAGAGCACGACUGCUUCUUCAUCGGAUUGCCAACACGAAAUGGACACUGAUCAGUUACCGAGCGAAGACGAUGACGAUCAAAAUAUCAUCAACCAAGAACAUUUGGAAAACGAUUCGAUGGAAAGCGAGGUUUUUGGUUGAAUAGUGUUAGUUAACUUUUUAUAUUGCUUCUGUAUAACUUAUUAUAAAGUUCUCUAUGUUGAGUUGUUCUCGUAAAUUUACACUAGGUUUAGGCCUUUGUUUUUCAAAUAGUUGUAAAGUGCUUCUGCAGAUUUGUGAUAUUUCUCUGUUGUAUGUGUUUGUACUUUUAUAAAUAAACAUAUAUAUAUUUAUAUUCA